AGCGCCGACUGCGGGAGAGGAAAAAUCCCGGCCGGCGGAGGGGCUCGCCGACGCUUGCGGUGGCUGCGGUCGCGCCGAGGGAGCGCGCGGCUGAGAGGCAUCUCGCGCGGGGAGGAACCUUCGUCUGGCUCGGCUUCGAGAGAGCAGCGCAGCCACAGCGGGAAGGGAAGCGAAGGAAAGGGAGACAAGCAGCCUGCUCCGCCACUCAAGCCAGCGGCCGCCGGUAGCAACAAGGGCGUUAGGAGAGGAGGAGGAGAAGGAGGAGCGCCGCCACCGUCGCAGCCAUGGAGCAGCUCUCAGAUGAAGAACUUGAUCAUGGUGCAGAAGAAGAUAGUGAUAAAGAAGAUCAGGAUCUGGAUAAGAUGUUUGGGGCUUGGCUUGGAGAGUUGGAUAAACUCACACAGAGUUUGGAUACAGACAAACCUAUGGAACCAGUUAAAAGAUCCCCUCUUCGCCAGGAUGCUAAUAUUGCCAACUUCUCUUAUCGCUUUUCCAUGUACAACCUGAAUGAAGCCUUGAACCAAGGUGAGACUGUAGAUCUUGAUGCUCUUAUGGCAGAUCUUUGUUCCAUAGAGCAGGAGCUCAGUAGCAUUGGGUCACAGUCCGCCAACAGUGCAUCAAUGAAAUGUUUUCCCAUAGAAGGGAAAAUGACCCAGAAACCAUCAAGUGGUAGCCGACUUCCUUCCAAGCACGGUAGCAUGAAAGGAUUAUCUUCAUCUAGUCAAGUAACAAAGCCUUCACAUGCUGUCUUCUCUUUGGAUGACAUUACUGCACAGUUAGAGAAAGCGUCUCUGAGUAUGGAUGAAGCAGCUCAGCAAUCUAUAAUUGAAGAUAGCAAACCUGUAGUUGCUAUUCAACAUAGGAGGACAGCAUCAGCUGGUACUGUGAGUGAUGCUGAAGUCCGAUCUAUCAGUAAUUCCUCCAGAUCUAGUAUCACAUCUGCAGCAUCCAGUAUGGACUCCCUGGACAUUGACAAGAUGACAAGACCUCAUGAAUUGGAGUUGACUUCCCACGGGCAGCCCAUCAGUGAGCACUCCUAUUUGGACAGGGAAACCUCCCUUCUUCUGAGAAACAUUGCAGGAAAGCCUUCUCAUUUGCUGACCAAGGAGGAACAGGCUGCUAAACUGAAAGCUGAAAAGAUCAGAGUUGCUUUAGAGAAGAUUAAAGAAGCACAAGUUAAAAAGCUUGUGAUAAGAGUCCACAUGUCCGAUGACAGCUCGAAGACAAUGAUGGUAGAUGAACGACAGACAGUAAGACAAGUGUUAGACAACUUGAUGGACAAGUCACAUUGUGGAUUUAGCUUAGAUUGGUCCUUGGUAGAAACAAUCUCUGAAUUACAAAUGGAGAGGAUUUUUGAAGACCAUGAAAAUUUAGUUGAAAACCUCCUGAACUGGACAAGAGAUAGUCAAAACAAGCUCAUGUUUGUUGAACGUAUAGAAAAAUAUGCCCUUUUUAAAAAUCCCCAAAAUUAUCUUCUUGGGAAAAGAGAAACCUCUGAAAUGGCAGACAGGAACAAGGAAGUACUACUGGAGGAGUGCUUUUGUGGAAGCUCAGUAACAGUGCCAGAAAUCGAGGGAGUCCUGUGGCUGAAAGAUGAUGGUAAAAAAUCUUGGAAGAAACGUUACUUUCUUCUGCGAGCUUCUGGAAUCUACUAUGUUCCAAAAGGAAAAGCAAAGGUCUCACGAGAUCUUGUGUGCUUUCUUCAAUUGGAUCAUGUUAAUGUUUACUAUGGACAAGAUUAUCGCAACAAAUACAAAGCUCCUACAGACUAUUGUCUGGUACUAAAGCAUCCCCAAAUUCAGAAGAAAUCUCAAUAUAUUAAGUAUUUAUGUUGUGAUGAUAUCAGAACUCUUCAUCAGUGGAUAAAUGGCAUCCGUAUUGCUAAGUAUGGAAAGCAAUUAUAUAUAAACUAUCAAGAAGCUCUGAAAAGGACAGAAUCAGCAUAUGACUGGACAUCCCUGUCCAGUUCCAGUAUUAAGUCUGGAUCCAGCUCAUCUAGUUUACCAGAAUCUCAGUCCAACCACUCAAAUCAAUCUGACAGUGGAGUUUCAGACACUCAAACAGGACAUGUCCGUUCCCAAAGUAUUGUUAGCUCCAUCUUUUCAGAAGCUUGGAAGAGGGGAACUCAGUUGGAAGAGUCUAGCAAGAUUAAUGCUCGAAUGGACUCAAUAAACCGGCCUUUCACUUCACUUGUAUCGCCUUUAUCUCCACAAACUAAAACAGCUACUCCAUAUUCAGCAUCACAACCAUCACCUCCCCUUCCACCUCCUCCACCUCCCCCACCUCCACCCCCGCCUCCUCCACCCCCACCUCCUCCCCCUCUUCCUGGUCAGUCUGUGCCAUCUGGAACCAGCUCAGCAACAGUGUUUGUGAAAUAUAGCACUAUAACAAGACUACAGAAUGCCUCUCAGCAUGGUGGGCUUCUCUACAAAUCACCUAUCACAAUACAGCAGCCACCAUCCCCCCUCCCGCCUCCAGGAAAACCUCAGAUUUUAGUACCUCCAAAUGGUAUAGUCCCACCCCCUCCUCCUCCUCCUCCUCCCCCUACCCCAGGAUCAGCAAUGGCACAGCUCAUGAAACCUGUGUCUUCCCACCCAUCGGUACCAUUAUUCACACCGCCACCUCCUCCUGCUCCCCCUCUCAAAAUUCAUCAAGUUCACCAGAACAUUGUUCAGUCUGCAACUUUGCCACCUCCGCCACCUUCAGGGCCAGCACCUCCACCUCCACAAGCUCCUCCUAAGCCUACUAUGACUCUCCCUACACAAAACACUGCAAAAUCUAUCUCAGCAGUUGUAACACAUCCAGUGCCGCCACUUCCUGUUCCUUCAGCAGUAAAGAAGCAGCCAAGUUUCACCACCCCACAAAUUCCAUUAUCUCCUGCUUCACUAGGUCCAUCUCCUCCACCUACUCUGCCCAAACAGCAGAAUCACUCUAAUAAGCUUCCUCCCUCUCCACAGUCUCCUGUGCCAUCCGUUGUGAAGCAAAUAGCCAGCCAGUUUCCCCCUCCUCCCAUGCCAGCUUCAGAGCCCCAGCCUUUAAAACCUGCCCCUCUGAGUGUACCACCUCAGUCUCCUCCAGCUGUAAAAGCCAAGCCAAAAUGGCAGCCAACCUCUGCUCCGUCCCCUGAUUUUCCUCCUCCACCCCCGGAAAGUAGCCUAGCAUUUCCUCCUCCACCUUCUCCUUCUUCUUCUCCAUUAAUAGUAUCCCCUACACCAGAUAAGUCAGGAGGUUCUCCAGUCAAAAAAGGUAGUAAGACUUCCAGUCCAGGAGGAAAAAAGCCGCCUCCUACACCUCAGCGCAAUUCCAGUAUAAAAUCAAACAGUUCAAUUGAGUCCAGUGAACCUAAGAGACCUUCAGUGGAUGUCUUAGUUAGCAAAUUUGCACAUCCCCCGGAGCCCUCCGGAUCUCCUGGCAAGGAAUCCCCAACUCCACCUGCAGCUCCUCCAAAGCCAGGAAAGCUUUGCCUGCCUAUCGUUCUUCAGCAGGCAGGUAUUUCAACAAAAGCACCUGCCACAGGAGCACUAGGCAAGGGUGCUGCCGAGGAAUUUCCUUCUCCUCCAUCAGAUUCAGACUUUCCCCCUCCACCACCUGAAAUUGAUCUUCCUUUACCUCCUGUAGAAAUUCCUGCUGUCUUUUCAGGCAAUACCUCGCCAAAGGUUGCUGUCGUCAAUCCCCAACCUCAGCCAUGGUCUAAGUCAUCUGGGAAGAAAGCUCCCCCUCCAACACGUCCCAAACGCAACGACAGCACCCGUCUCACGCAAGCAGAAAUGGCGGAGUCACAGGUUGUUGUCAGUGCACAAGUGCCCACCUCGCCCAAAUCCGGCCUUAGCGUUCAGCCUGGUUUUCUGGCUGAUUUGAAUAGGACUCUGCAGCGUAAAUCCAUCACUCGACAUAGCUCCCUCUCCUCUGCCCGGAUAUCCCGAGCUGAGCCAACUGCUACAAUGGAUGACAUGGCCUUGCCCCCACCCCCACCAGAACUUCUGACAGACAAGCAGAAGACCAGCAACUUUGGGGGUAGUCAUAUAUUAGGCUAUGCAACCUUACGGAGGGGCCCACCUCCAGCACCUCCAAAGAGGGAUCAAAACACCAAACUGUCUAGGGACUGGUGAUGUUUAGGAGACCCUCUUUGCAUUGCCAGCAAACCCUAACCGGGACACAUCUGGUACUGAGAUGCCUCAUCUUAAUAGCCGUGAACUGAAGUCUGUUUUAACAGUAGCUGUGGGUAGUGACCACAUUCACUUCCAGAAAGAGUCCCUGAAGCUUUGCCUAUUUGUGUUCUGUGUAUUGGGGUGAAGGAUGGGAUGAGUACUACUUCAAAGUUCAAAUACUACAUAAGGAUUGGACCAAAAUCUUUAACACUAUUUUUCCUGCUGUUCAGGAAAUAACUGUUGUCUGUCAGUGUGGGACAUGUGGGUGCAUGUAUUAUAAAUGUAGGUAUAUAAUAUAUUGUGAAAUAUUUUGUUGGAAUUGUAGAGGCUCACCAGAAUGUUUUUGUACAUCUGUAUUUAUUGUUUCAGUCAACUGAGAUUUUUAUCAGAAAUUGGAUGAUGUAUUAGAAAAGUCAUUUGCUUUUGAAAACAAAAUUGUUGGGGCACCUUAGAUCAUUGGAAACCUCUUUGGGCAGUUGGUGACGGGUAUGCAGGGCUGCCAAAUUCUGUCAGUCUCUGCGCAGAAUCAAUUGAUUGAAAAAAUUAGACAGUCUACCAAAACAUUCUGGUUGUAAUACUACUGAAUAGAGAAAUCCAUAUAGAGAAAAAGAAAAAUGCUGUACGGUGGGACUGCAGUUUAAGAUGUUGGGUAAUAAAGGCAUUCUGUUCUAGAAUUCUUUCAGAGGGAAAAGCCCCUUAAAAUAUAUCAGAACUUUCUCCCAAAUAAACACUGGUAGGAUUGGGCUUAAACUUAAUGUUCUAGUCACAUGUUCUAAAGAGGAAUGUGUAAGGAAUUGAACAUAUCAGAAUGUUGUGCAUUGGAAACCGGAUCAUCAUUCCCCAAACCCUCAAUGGGAUUAUUUGGACUGGUGAUGCUCGAUUUAAAUUAACAUUUAUUUCACUGUCACAUAUAUGUCUGUUUUGGUUAAGUGAAAAUGGUGUACCAGAAGGCACUCGAAAUAUGCUGCUGUCAUGUCUGAUCACCAUUUCUCUUUAACUGGUGCUGCUCAUCAAAUUGCCUGUGUACAAGUUUACAUAUAGCGGGUGCAUCUCUCUCUCUCUCUUUCUCUCUCUCUCUCUCUCUCCCUCUCUCUCGCUCUCUCUUCCCCCCCCCUCUCUCUUCAGAAUAAAACUUAAUCAAACAUACAAAUAUUACAAACUCUUAAAAGGAAAAUCCUUUAUGAACAUUCAAAACCAGUAAAUAGUGAGGAUGCAAUAGCUUGCCUUAAAAGAACAUGGCAGAUGAACACCAUGGAGUAACACAGCUUAAAUCAAAAGUAUCAGAGGAAACAACUAUAAAAUUGUGUUGAAAGGACAGGAGUGAUGUGCAUUUUGGUAUAAAAACUAAAUAAGAAAAGCAUUGGUUUCAGCCAUCUCACAAUUUUUAGCCUUUGAAAUAGCUCUUCUUCCACUAAGGUUUGUGGGUAAGUCAAAUGCUAAUUACAGGACCACUGUUUUAACCAGAAAUAUCCUAGGAUGUAUAAAACAACUUAAAAUAACUACUGUGCAUGUGCUGUGCAAUACAGGAGAUUGUAAAAAUGUGUUUUUAAAUUAGCAGUUGUAACUGAUAGUUCAUGAAGACAUCAGCACUGGUUUAAAAGAAGAGCCAGAGUUACUAGUUUGGAUUAGAGUUUGAACCCUCAAAGGUUAGCACAGUCUCAUCCAGGUAUGGAUGUAGUAACCAGAAGUUACUUCUGAAGAUUAGACAUUUAGAAUGACUAUAAAACACACACACACACACACACACACCUGGACUUCUGUUAGAAUUAUUAAAAAAUUCAUUACAGAGUAUUUGUUCUAGAAAGAAGUAAGAAAAUGUGACUUUUUUUCCUUUGUAGAACUUGAUUUCAAAAAUAACCCUUAACAACAGAAAAGUGGUGCUAUGUCAUCGGAUGCUGAAAUCAUAGUGGAUGAUUUGCUCUGCCCCAGAUGUAUCCUGGGCAUAUUUUUCCUAUUUGACAAUAUUUUACCUGAGCAAUAAUAAUAUACCAUUUUGUGCAUUUUUAAAGUACUGCUAUUAGAAGGCACUUUUUUUGUAUCUUUCAAAGUGUUUGGGAUUACAAAGUGUCCUUAGCUAUUAACCACUUUUGCAUUAGUGUACUUUAACACAUAUUUGGUUUAUGUCUUAUGAUAUGGUCUUUAUUUUUUUAAUUUUGCUUUGAGAAUGCAUUGGUGCUCUGCCUUUUUAUUCCUGUUGGUUGCUGCUGCUGCCGCUGCCACUUGUUGGCUCUGGGAGAGAAGGUCUCAUUUUGUGGAUAUGAAACAGAGAAUUUCUGUGGGGCAGUUGGUUUACCUCAUUCCUUUGAACCUUCAUGUUCCUUUGAAGACAGGCAGUGUUGAAGUACUGCCUGAAUUCACUAAUUGUAACAAAAUACUGUCAUAUGCAAAAAAUAAGCAGUACCCACCUAUGACAAAGAAAAUUGUACUAGUUAAAUAUCUGAGGCAUUCAAAUUAUGUGCUAAGGAAGGUUUUUGAUACAGAAUUUGACCUGGGCAGUGGCAGCAGGAGGAGGAGCACAGGGAUGCCUUUUCCCAGACUUUCAGUCUUUUAAAAAAAAUAUUAAUAUAGAACUUUCUUUCCUGGUUGUUCCCAUUUUGCAGGUAGGUUUCUACACUUUAUUUCUCUAAGGAGGUAUGUAUUUAUUACCAACAUAAUGAAGUCUCAUUACCUACUUUCUUUGUCCCCUCUGGCUUUAGUACAUCACUGUUUCUGCCCUUGCUGCUCUUCCUUUUUCAACCCUUCUCAAGGGCCUUUGGUUAAGUAUCAGAAAUGAUAAAGCAUCACAGAGCAGUGUCAAUUUGAUUGGUUUGAACCAAAUAGGUCGGCUGUAUUUUCCACUAGAAUCAUUGCCCUGAGCCUAAUGUAAUUCCUUUCCAAAGGCCUCAGUUCUGUAUCAGAUUGUUCAAGCAUAUUUUCUUUUUGAAUUAGGACUUUAAAUACGUUUAAUGUCUUUAGCUCAGGGCUAGUUUUCUUCAAGUUUUUCCCCAAAAGGCUCUAAUCUGGGAGAUUAUGGUAUAUCAACUUUGAAACUGAGAAAUCAAAAAGCGCAAGUAUAUUUAAACCAGAGAUGGUUAAAUGCCUAAAUAUCAUGAAGAGAAUGUCUGAAUUAUGGCUCAAUUCAGCUUUUGAUGAAUAAACAUCUCAUUUCCACUGGCAUUUAUUUUUUUGGUUCAUACAUUGAUCAGUAAAAUAUAAAUUUGAACAGCUUUUUAGCCUUAAAUACUUAAUUCUUAAAAGAUAUAAAUUGGGUUUUAGAUUUUAAAAAAAAAACAGGGUUAGAACCAAAAGCAAAUUUUUUCUUAGAAUUAUUCUGCAAGCAGGUAUGUCUAACAUACAUAGGUACUGUCUAAUAGGAUGAAAUGAUUCUUCACAAUAUUUUUAAGUGACUUCUAUAUGCCCUCUAAACCUAUUAAUAAGUUAUUCUUUUGAAUAAUUUCUGAAAAUAUAUAAAAGCUUAAAAUAUUUUUAAAAUAUGAUGAAACUCUAUCUUUAUUGAGAGGAAUGUGUUAAGACCAAAGGGAAUUUCCAUCAGUCCCUAUGGCUGCCCACAGUUGGGCUGAGGUCCCUGGGCAGGAAAAUUGUGCAUCACAAUUAUCUCCUACUAUUAACUAUUUCUAUGUGUGCUGCAUAUGUUAUACAUGUAUACCUCUAACCUUACAUGAAUGGAUGGUUGGUCCUAUGAUACAUUAUAGCUGAACCGAUUCUCAUCUAAAACUAUAGCUCUCAUUUUGUUAAAGCAUAAAAUGCUUGCCAUUUGUGGUUAUGGAACUUAUCAUUAGAUAGCAAACUAUUUCAAUCAAAUCAGUAAUCUACAGUCUUAUGUGAUGUACAAAAUGUUAUUUGGUAUCUGCUGCUUCAGUGUAGGGUUCAGUUAAAAUUUGGUUCCUGGAUUUCCUUCAACUAAUUAUACUGUAUUCUUCCCUAGUUCAUACAUUUGAAGCUUAUAGAAGCUUCCACAAAUGUAACAGAAAGGAGCAUCUCGCUCAUGUAGUACUUUCUUGCAUUGUUAUAAUGACUGGCCUACUCUGCCUGGUGGAAAUUAGAAUGUGUAGAUUGGAGAGUUAAGAGAACCUCUGUACGGUAUUCAAUGCCCUCAGCAGUGAAUAGGACAGCCCCGCAAAAUUGGGGGAGACCUUGUCUACCAAAGAAAAAUAGGAUAGUCUGUGAUCACUCAAGGACUGCUUAUAUCUUCAAGAAUGCAGGCCAUAGUACAAAUGUUUUGGAAAACAAGGUUUCUGAUCCAAAUGGGUAUUGCCUUUUAUUUUAAUGUGGGUGUAUCAUGCUAAGGUACCUAUUUGUGACUGUGCUGCUGCAACAUACUUUCUCCUCCCCCUCCCCCCACCAAUCUCUGUAUUUUGUCACCAGAAAAUGGGUGAGGUCAAUACUUGUCUGCUUAUCCCUGCUUUUCCUAUUUUGUAAUUGUAAAUUUUAGGAUUGUAAAUUGUGGGAAAGAACAUUUGAUUUGUUUUGCAGCCAUUGGAUGGAGUCAAUGGUGGUGAUUCUUGUAUCUGAUUAUGCACAUGUAAACCACCAAUGUUAAAUCAAUGAUUUUGUCUGUGUAGCCAAUGUGUGCUAUGUGCUGUAAAUAUAUUCGUAUGUUUACCGCUUUACAGGAAAAAAUUGCACAUUCUUUCUGAGACUGCCUCCCCAUAUCCUUUCCUUUUAAGAAUGAAAGCUCAUUGCAAGUAAGAACUUAUGAUUGAGAAGAGCUCUUUCUAUAUAAAUAUUCUAUAAAUAUGUAUAAAUAUACUUUUUUAAAGCAUGGGUAAAGAAAUAAAAAUGCAUUCAUGGAAAGUACUAAGAAAUCAUUAUACAAUGGAAUAUGCACAAGUCAAUAAAGAUAUAGUUAAAUUUG